AUGGCAGCCUGGAGCACGACGGGGUUCUCCCUGGCAACCCUCGGCACCGGCGUUUACCACUGCCUUGGAAGCUGCCUUGGCGUGGCAGGUGGCACCGGCGACACGGGUGCACAGGCAGGCUCUGUUCACAGGCCUGAGUUGGAGACCAUCAGUGACAAAGAGGACCUGGUGGAGAAGGCUAGCAUGUGGGUCAGGGAUAAAGAGUGCCUUGAGAAGAAAGUCAGCGUGGGAGAAGCUCACCUACAGGGCACAUCAGAAGACAUCUUCAAGUGGAACGGAAGGCUUUCUCCAGGCCCCUGCCAGAGGACGAGGUCACCUGGUGGGCAGGCUGACUCUUGGGGGCACCCGUUGGGAAUCCUGCAGGGCCAAAAAGAGACCAAUAGUGCAGAGCAUAUGCAGGGUCCCCCCCACCAGCGCUGCCCUGUGGUGACCCUCGAGCCGGCCCCCCUGCCGGUGACACCGCCGCUGUCCCCACAGCCCUCUACCCUGGCCAGCAGCCGCUCCGAAAAGGGCUCGUCAUGGUCCAGCCGCUCCCUGGGCGCCCGGUGCCGCAACUCCGUUGCCUCCUGUCCAGACGAACAGCCCCACAUUGGCAACUACCGUCUUCUUAAGACCAUCGGCAAGGGCAACUUCGCCAAGGUCAAGCUGGCCCGGCACAUCCUCACGGGCAGGGAGACCUUGGCCACACGGAGUGACGUGGAUCCACCUUUCCUCCGCAGCUAUAAAGGGCCAUUUCAAGGGCUGAAGGAGAACCCGUUCCUUCGGUUCAGGACCUUACGCCUGGGGUUGCCGUUUCCUCCCAGCCCCACAUUUUUAUCCUUUUGCUGCAUUUCAAGCCUGAUGCAGUUCCUCGUAGUUUGUCGGAUCCCAAACUUUUGGGGCAUGACAUGGCCUCACCUUCCCACCUUCCGGCCUCAGAUCUCUUCAAAGCACCACAUGCUCUUCAGAGAGGUGAGGAUCAUGAAGGGAUUGAACCACCCCAACAUCGUGAAACUCUUUGAGGUGAUCGAGACAGAGAAGACCCUCUACCUGGUGAUGGAGUAUGCCAGUGCCGGAGAAGUCUUUGAUUACCUGGUUUCCCAUGGCCGCAUGAAAGAGAAAGAAGCUCGGGCCAAGUUCAGACAGAUUGUCUCGGCUGUGCACUACUGUCACCAGAAGAACAUCGUACACAGAGACCUGAAGGCCGAAAACCUCCUGCUGGAUGCUGAUGCCAACAUUAAAAUAGCCGACUUUGGGUUCAGCAACGAGUUCACGCUCGGCUCCAAGCUGGAUACCUUCUGCGGGAGCCCCCCCUAUGCCGCGCCAGAGCUCUUCCAGGGCAAGAAGUAUGAUGGGCCGGAGGUGGACAUCUGGAGCCUGGGGGUCAUUCUUUACACCCUCGUCAGCGGCUCCCUUCCUUUCGAUGGGCAGAACCUCAAGGAGCUGCGGGAGCGCGUGCUGCGUGGCAAGUAUCGUGUCCCCUUUUACAUGUCCACGGACUGUGAAAACAUCCUGAGGCGCUUCUUGGUACUGAAUCCUGCCAAGCGCUGCACCUUGGAGCAAAUAAUGAAGGACAAGUGGAUCAACAUUGGCUACGAGGGGGACGAGCUGAAGCCCUACCGGGAGCCCGAAGAGGAUUUUGCCGAUACCAAGCGCAUCGAAGUCAUGGUGGGCAUGGGAUACACCCGAGAAGAGAUCAAGGAAGCCUUGUCCAACCAAAAAUACAACGAGGUCACAGCCACCUACCUCCUGCUGGGCAGGAAGAACGAGCAGGUGGAAGGGGGGGAGUCGCGCACAGGCAGCAGCCUCUCCCUGGCCCGGGUGCGGCCGCCCAGCGAGGUCUCGAACGGCACCAGCAAGUCCUCCUCGCACUCCAAAAGCCAACGGAGCUCUUCCACUUAUCACCGGCAGCGGCGGCACAGCGAUUUCUGUGGCCCUUCCCCUGCCCCCCUCCAUCCCAAGCGGAGCCCGACCAGCACCGGAGACGGGGAGCUGAAGGAGGAGCGGAUGCCAUCGCGCAAGGCCAGCUGCAGUGUGGUCAGCAGCGGCCGAGGGGGCAUCCCUCCUUCCAGCCCCAUGGUGAGCAGCGCAAAUAACCCCAACAAAUCGGAGAUCCCUGACCGGCGCAAGGACAGUGCCGUCAACACGAAUAAUAUCCCGUCCAGUAUGAUGACCCGGCGGAAUACCUACGUGUGCACGGAGAGACCUGGGGGGGACCGCCACUCCCUGCUCCAGAACGGGAAAGAGAACAGCUCCGGCACCAGUCGGGUGCCCCCGGCCUCCCCCUCCAGCCACAGCAUUGCCACUUCCUCCACCUCUUCCGACCGCAGCCGACUCUCACGCGGCACCAACAUCCGCAGCACCUUCCACGGAGGCCAAGUUCGGGACCGGCGUGGGACCGGCGUGCAAAAUGGGCCGCCCCCCUCUCCAACCCUCUCCCAUGAAGCCCCCCCUCUGCCUCAGAGCCGCAGCCGGGCCACCUCCAACCUGUUCAGCAAGCUGACGUCAAAACUCACACGGAGGGUCGCAGACGAACCUGAGAGAAUCAGGGGACCUGCGCUCACAAGUUGCAAUCUACCUUGGCAUCAAAAGGAAGCAGAACCCCGGCUGCUCCGAUUUACCUGGAAUGUGAAGCUCACUAGCACCCGCUCCGCCGAGGCCAUCCUAGCCGCCCUCUGCCAGGCCACGGACUCUGCCAACUGCUGCCGCCGCCAGACAGAGCCCUUCGUCCUCUCCUGCACCCACGAGAAGACCCCCAGCGAGCACUUCUGUUGCUUCGAGGUGGAGGUCUGCCGGCUGCAGCGGCUGGGGGGGCUCCACGGGGUGCUCUUCCGUCGCCAGGCCGGCACUUCGCUGGCCUUCCGUAGCUUGGUGGCCAAAAUUACAGACCAGCUGCAACUCUAGGGGCGGGCCUGGGCCUGGGCCCGCUCUUUGCAUUGACUGACCCACAGGCUGGGGAACUGCACGGGGUGAGGGCAUGGCCCCGGUUGCCCUCCGAUCUAUCCCUCUAGGGCCUGGGUGGUCCUUGGGCUUAAUUUUGCGCCAGCCAGGACCAGGAGCUGCCCUGGAAGGUGCCUGCCAACCUGUCAGUGGUGCUAGGGAUGGGGGCAGGCCAGAGGACGGGAAGGGGGGAGGGAGGGGAAGAGGAAGAGGAAGAGGGGCUGGUGGGGAAGAGUGCUUUGCUUCUCCUCCAGCACCUCCCCGGGUGGGGAAAGGCUGGCCUGCCUUCCCUUUUCCAGAGUCAUGCUGGGGGGCAGGAGCUGUUGUGCCCCUUUCCUCAUCCAUUGUAAAAAGGGGACCCUCUGCCCAUAGUGCUGUUGCCAUGAGCCACGAUCAUUCUCUCUCCCACUUUUUGUUCAUUGGCAUCUAAACUCCAGGAGCCAAAACGCUUUCAUUUCCCCAAAU